CCAAGAUGCCUCCCAAAAAGAAAGGUUUCAUAAAGCCCAAGGGCAAAGCAAAGCCCAAGGCGAACGACCCACAAACCGAAAACGACUUCCUGGAAGCAGCAGACGAAGAAGAAGCCGGCGCAGGAAAAUGGAAAGCUGGCGAUCCUGCAAAAGCGACACGCUUCUACAAUCGUGCGAUUGACUUCUACAAUGCUGGUCUCGCGCGGUAUCCGAAUUCCUUUGAUCUGGCCUACAACAAGGCAAAUCUCGAAUAUAAAAUGAGCGAGGAUGAACGAAUCAUUGCAAUCCUUGGAAAUAAGAUACGACUCCUUGAGGAGACGCUACAAUCUCAUCGCUUCGCGCUGUCUUUGAAUUCCGAGAACACGGAUGUCCUAUUCAACACCGGCCAGGUUUUGGCCUCAUUGGCAGAAGCAAUACUUGAGGAGGGUUCUCAUGAUGAGGCAAAGAUCCCCGCAAGGAAGUUCCUCGAAGAAGCCACAGACAUAUUUACCCAGUGCCUCGAUAUCCAGGUCCGCGAGUAUGAGCAGAUUCAGCACGACAUAGCCCAAGCCAGCGAAGCACAAGACGACCAGAACACCGCUCCAUCCGCACCUCCUGCUCCGACAAGACGAGAGUCCUCCGCCUCUUCCACCUCAUCCUCGGCACAAGGAGAAUGGGCCACCGUCCUCGAACCUCUGACCCCAGAGACCAUCCUCGAGACCUGCACUGCGCAACUCGCAGCCCUGACAACCCUCCUAGGACUCUACGAUCCCUCUGACCUCCUCGCGCAAGAAUUCCGCGCCCAAACCGGCCUCUCAACAGCAAACACCCGCAUCCCAACCCUCAUAACCCUAAUCCCCACCUCCCCCUUCACCAAACCCGUCGACGACCCCGCCCCAGGCCCAACCCUUUCUAUCGGCUCGACCGCCAACGCAGAAGAACCGGACUCUCUCCCCCGCGACGACGCCCUCCUCGCAGCCGCGAACUUCAAAUCCAACAUCGCGGAGCUCCAGUACCGCAGCCACCAAAGCACGGCUCCGCAGUACGCCGCACAAGUCUCCCAGAUCUUCGCGCCCCUCGUUGAAUCCCCGGCCGCAGACACCACCAACGACCCAGCCAGCAAAAUCGGCAUCGUCAACGCGCUGUCCGGACACGCGGACGCACUAAUCGACCUCGCGUCUUCAGUCCACGACAUGCUUUCCUCCUCCCCAUCCCCAUCCAACGAAGAGCAGCACGAAGCAGUAGAAACCCAAUGGACAUCCCUCACCCUCGCGCAAUCCAUCCUCACGAAACUCACCACCCCUACCAACCCUCCUAGCCUACCCCCGCUCUCACCCUCCCGCCUCGCAGACAUCUUCCUUGCCCGCGGCGACACGGAGUUGUUUCGCUUCCGGAUCGCGGCGGCGAAGCCGGUGUGGGCGCAGAGUAGGGGCGUGUUGGUGGGGAACGCGGGGGUGUUUUAUAGGAAUGCGAGAGCGUAUGCUGGGAGGGCGGGGGGAGGGGAGGUGCAGAGGACGGCGGAUGCGAAGGCGGUGGUUGCGGAGGUGUUGAAGGGGGUGUUUGGUGCUGGAGGGGCGGAGGCGGUGGUGGUGAAUCCGGGUUGGAAGGGGAGGGCGGGAAAUGUCGUGGGGGUUUUGGGGCAGAUGGUUGAGGAGGGAGUUGUUGGGAGGGAGGAUGCGGAGGGGGUG